CCAUAUUGAAUAAGGAAAUAAGAGUGGAAGAGGUGGAACGUCCCGGAUGCAUGUAAACAUCCACGUCAACAGAAAGCAUAUUAAUGAAACAGUUAUAGGGGCACGGAACAGCGUGAAUAUAGACAUUACCUGUCGGAUGUAUAAUUAAAAGACUGUUAAACACACUGGUGUUUUUAGGCUUCUGCAAAACAAUGACUUCGCUAACGCAGAGAAGCUCGGGCCUGGUGCAGAGACGGACCGAGGCCUCGCGUAACGCCGCCGCCGCGGAUAAGGAGAAAAUCCCCGGAGAGGAUGAGGACGAGUCCCGCCGCGGAGAGGAGGAGGAAGAAGACAAGGGCGACUCCAAAGAAACACGGCUGACUUUGAUGGAAGAGGUGUUAUUGCUCGGACUGAAGGAUCGAGAGGGUUACACGUCAUUCUGGAAUGAUUGCAUAUCUUCUGGUCUGAGAGGGUGUAUGCUUAUUGAGCUGGCCAUAAGAGGACGCCUGCAGCUGGAGGCAUCUGGAAUGAGGAGGAAAAGCCUUCUGUCCAGAAAGGUUUUGUGUAAAUCUGAUGCCCCCACUGGAGACAUGUUGCUGGAUGAGGCAUUGAAACAUAUUAAAGAGACUCAACCUCCAGAGACAGUCCAGAGCUGGGUUGAGUUGUUAAGUGGUGAAACUUGGAACCCGUUGAAGCUGCACUACCAGUUGCGAAAUGUCCGAGAGCGUCUGGCUAAGAACUUGGUGGAGAAGGGCGUCCUCACCACGGAGAAGCAAAACUUCCUGCUUUUCGACAUGACCACCCACCCGCUCACCAACAACAACAUCAAACAGCGGCUGGUGCGCAAAGUCCAGGAGGCCGUCCUGGAGAAAUGGGUCAACGAGCCCCAACGGAUGGAUAAGCGUCUGCUGGCUCUGCUGUUCCUGGCACAUUCCUCUGAUGUUCUAGAGAACGCCUUCGCUCCUCUGCUGGACGACCAGUACGAUCUGGCCAUGAAGAGGGUGCGGCUGCUCCUGGAUCUCGAGCCGGAGGCCGAGGCUGCCAAGUCGGGCGCCAACGAGCUGCUGUGGGCGGUGGUGGCCGCUUUCACCAAAUGAACCUCCAGAGUAGAGAGAAAGGGACUCAACUUUGUGCUCAUGGCAAUGGACUCAGACCACUGGCCCCAAGCUUGGUUGAUUCGGACUGAUAUUGGUGAUGGUGAUGAUGGAAAUACAAUUUUUGAAGGAGAUGAUGAUGAUGAUGACACUUGGAAAGGGACGGCUUUUUCUCAUUGUCACAGAUCUGACUCUGACCUUCACAAAGGUGUUGCCCUGUCUACGUCUAAUGGCCAAUAGUUGCUACAUGAUUGCAAUUCACUGUGAGGCUUCUUGUAGUUCAUGCACUUAGAUCAUAAAGUUCAUGUAAGAACGAAAACGAGCGCAUUGAAGGAGGUGUUUUGUAAAGGGUCUGUUUCCCUGUACUAAACUAGGCCGUGACUCUAAUCCUAAUCCAGAUCCUGGUAUAAUUCUACAGUAAUCUCAAUCUCCAUGUAUCUUUGAAUAAGGAGCCACUACUUCCGAAUACACGGGCUUGAUGAUCCUUGUCAUGGUUUCAUGAAAAGGUCCUGUUUCAGUUGCUUUUCCAUAUUCAGCAGGGAAUGUUCCUUGAGCUUCUGAUGCCUGAAUUGGGUCUUGAAUUAACAGAAAAUAAACCUUUCCACAUUUAAAAAGACUGAAACGCAAGCAUCAGUUUUUCUCCGGUGCUUUAAAGAUAACAUGACCCUUCUUCCUUGCAAGUCUUCUUUCCAGAAAUCCACUCUUUCUGAAUGCUCGAAGAAUAAAAUGUUCAAAUGUGUGCUAAUAAUAUUGGUUUAAAUUCAAAGACAAUUUGCUGGCAAUUCUCAUCAGCCUGUGUAUAAAGUGACUAAAACCUGAUAGUGAUUGUUCUUUUACUCACAGCCUUUUUUUGUUUAGCUGAUCAGGAAAUCCAGUUCAUCUAUUCACCCCAAGAUUCACAGCUGUAUUAAUUCAAUCUUACGAUGGGUCUUGUACUGUAAUACACCACCAACAGGUCAAGGAAGCAUUGAGCUCGCGUAGAUCCCAAGUCAAGCAUCUGGCUUUAAGUUGCCUCAUAACUUUCAUCCAUUUCAUGCAAAUGCCAGUCAAACACUAGCAGAGCCCCGACACCAAGGAAGGCUUUCAUUCCCGAGGCCUGUCCAUAGUGAUCACUGCAUUGAUGUAGCCGUCUCGUCUCAUAUGUAUGGUUUCAUUCAUGUCAUAAUAUCUCUUGCUAUAUUUCCAAUUUUUAUACUAUGUUUUUAAUCAUUUUUAUUUUGUUCCUUCCUUUAGCUGUUAGCAGAAUAUUUGCCGGAGUCAAUUGUCAUGUUUUUGGUUGUCUUCUGUCCUGAAAGAGGACUGGUAAUGAACGGGGAAUGGAUAUGCCCUUCCAGUGAAAGAAGCAGGUGUUUGACAUGUUUAUUUUCUGUUAGUAAAAAAUACGUAAUGAGCUGUAAAAAAUAAAAUAAAAUAGAGAUGGUGUGAAAUGGAUGCCCUGAUUUGUACAUCUGCUUUGUAUCAUAUAAUAAAGGAAUAUCUUUAAGUGCCUGAAAGGGA